CGCGUCUGCGGGAGGCAGAGGAGAAGAGAAAAGGCGGCGGCCCGGCGGGGGGAGAGGCGCGGAGGAGGCGGACCGGACGGGGGUGUGGGGCUCGGAGCGUCGCCGGGACACAGCGGGGCAGCCGGGCACGGCGGCUACGGCAGCCAGGGCCUGGGCCGCAGUUCGGCCGCGCCGGCCGAGCUGGACUGGCCAUUAUGGAGGAGGAGCUGCAGCAUUCACACUGUGUGAAUUGUGUCAGUAGACGGUGUAUGACCAGACCAGAGCCUGGGAUUUCCUGUGACUUGAUUGGUUGUCCAUUGGUUUGUGGAGCAGUUUUCCAUUCUUGUAAAGCUGAUGAGCAUCGACUUUUAUGUCCGUUUGAACGAGUGCCUUGCUUAAAUAGUGACUUUGGAUGUCCAUUUACCAUGGCCCGAAAUAAAGUUGCUGAACAUCUGGAAAUGUGUCCUGCAAGUGUGGUGUGCUGUACUAUGGAGUGGAACCGAUGGCCAGUUAGUUAUGCAGACCGGAAAUCAUAUGAAAAUCUAAGCAGAGAUGUUGAUGAAGUGGCACAAUUAGAUAUGGCCUUGGCCCUUCAAGACCAAAGGAUGCUCUUAGAAUCUCUCAAAGUAGCCACUAUUAUGUCAAAAGCAACUGAUAAAGUAUCUGAAUCUAAAGAGCAAAUCUCAGUUAGAUCGAGUGUCCCAGAAAUACCACAUACUAAUGGUUUGGUAUCUGUUGAUGAAGAAUCUUAUGGUGCACUUUAUCAAGCUACUGUAGAAACAACCAGAAGUUUGGCUGCUGCUUUAGAUAUCCUGAAUACUGCCACAAGAGACAUUGGCAUGCUAAAUGCAAGUCUUUGCGCUUCCCCGGAUGAAAUAGAAGAAGAGCAAAAUGAAAGAGAAAGCUUACAGGAUAGAAACUUAAAAGACCAAGAGUAUCUUUCUGAGGAUGAAAUAGGAGCAGUAGGUGGAAUUGACUAUAAUGACACAAGUCAGAAUGCCCAGUCUGAACAAAAUGGUUCAAGCGAUUUAUUAUGUGACUUGAAUACAAGUUCUUAUGGCACUUCUGCUCUUUGUAAUGGCUUUCCUUUGGAAAAUAUGUGUACACAGAUCAUAGACAAGAAUCAGAAUUUACAUGGUGAUUCAAAACAAAGUAACUUAACAAAUGGAGAAUGUGCAGCAUCAGAUGGCACUUCAAAACCUUCCAGUUCACUUUCAGUAGCAGCACAACUUAGGGAAGUAAUACCAUCCAGUGCUUUGCCUAAUGGCACAGUUCAGCAUAUUCUCAUGGCAGAUGAUGAGGAUGAAGGAGAAUUGUGUUGGAGAAAAGUAGACUUGGGGGACUUGAGGAACGUGGAUGUCUUAUCUUUUGGUCAUUCUCCUUCAUUCAAAUUUCUUUCUAAUUCAUGUUGGUCUAAACCAAAGGAAGAUAAAGCAGUAGAUACAUCAGAUUUGGAAGUUGCAGAAGAUCCCAUGGGCCUCCAAGGAAUAGAUCUGAUCACAGCAGCAUUACUCUUUUGUUUGGGAGAUUCUCCAGGUGGGAGGGGUAUAUCUGAUAGUCGCAUGGUUGAUGUCUAUCACGUUGACUUUGGGACUCAGACUUUUUCACUUCCAUCUGCAAUAUUAGCUACAAAUACGGUGGUUGGGGAAAUAGCCUCAGCUUCAGCGUGUGAUCAUGCCAAUCCACAGCUUUCAAAUCCAAGUCCUUUUCAGACACUUGGGCUGGAUUUAGUAUUGGAAUGUGUCGCUAGGUACCAGCCCAAGCAGCGUUCAAUGUUUACCUUUGUGUGUGGACAGUUAUUUAGAAGAAAAGAAUUUUCUUCACAUUUUAAGAAUGUGCAUGGUGAUAUUCAUGCUGGACUCAAUGGCUGGAUGGAACAGAGGUGUCCUUUAGCUUAUUAUGGUUGUACCUAUUCUCAGCGUAGAUUUUGUCCAUCAACACAAGGAGCAAAGAUUAUACAUGAUCGCCAUUUAAGGUCAUUUGGAGUUCAGCCAUGUGUAUCUACAGUAUUAGUAGAGCCUGCUAGAAACUGUGUGUUGGGAUUACAGAGUGACCAUUUAAGUAGUCUUCCUUUUGAGGUCCUGCAGCAUAUUGCAGGCUUUCUUGAUGGCUUCAGUUUAUGCCAGCUCUCAUGUGUAUCCAAGUUAAUGAGGGAUGUGUGUGGCAGUCUGCUUCAGUCUCGUGGAAUGGUCAUACUACAAUGGGGAAAAAGGAAGUAUCCGGAAGGAAAUUCAUCAUGGCAGAUAAAAGAAAAGGUAUGGCGAUUCAGUACUGCAUUUUGUUCUGUUAAUGAAUGGAAAUUUGCUGACAUCCUAAGCAUGGCUGACCACUUGAAGAAAUGCAGUUACAACAUUGUAGAGAAACGAGAGGAAGCAAUCCCAUUACCAUGUAUGUGUGUGACGCGAGAACUCACUAAAGAAGGACGUUCACUACGCUCAGUUUUAAAGCCUGUACUUUAAAAACUGUGCUUUCCCUUGCGCAUACAUACGAGCACCUAGUAUAAUUUCUUUGUAAUAUGUGAUACUUUAAUAAUGUAUUAAAGAUUACGACUAGCUAAAUUUAUUGUCACUAUGUAUAUAAUGUUUUGAAGUGACAUAUAUUUUUAUAAAGUACUGUUUAGUUGGGAAGAAUUUGCCUUAAUGUUUGAAAUGUGUGAAAUUUUUGGAACUUGCUGGACAGGGUGAUUUAAUUUUUAGCUACAUAAUUUUCAGAAUUAGUAUUUUUAAUGGUGUGCAUAUUUUGGUUCUUAAAUUUUUUGCUUCUUUAACUAACACGAUCCUGACCAAACAAUUUACUCCUCAUGUUUUCUGUGGGUUGCAGCCCAUGCAAUGAAAAAGCAAAACUUUGAUUAAAUUCUUGCAGCAUAGGUUUUUCAGAUAAAAAACAAUCUCAGUUGCUUAAGCACUACCAUAAGAUCGUUAAAAAGUUUUUAUUUUUUAGUGCUCCCUAUAUGCAAUUGUUGAUGCAUAGGUGAUCUCUAAUGUAUACUUACAUGAUAUUUAAAAUCAUGACUAAUGUUUGGUAAUGCUAUUUAUCUUGAUUUAAAAAUAAUCCACAAAGAUGUUUUCAUCUUAUGUACUUAUAACUAUUAUACAAAGAGUAACCAUAUGCAGCUUUCUUUUUUGUUAGAUGCCACAUCCAAAGACUCAUGGCAAUGUGUUAUAUGAAAGGUUAAAGCAAAAACAACAAACAAAAAGCAAGCCUGUGAAUGUAAUUUAAACUGUUGAUGGUAUUACAUAUUUGCUAUUUGGUGUUUGAAAAGGAAAUAUACCUCAUUUUAAGUUUGAAUUGGGCAUGUUGUGUGAGUAAAUUUAAAAAAUUCAGAAUGCAAAGGGUUUAACUAUUCUUUUCCAUAAACAUUUUAAAUUUUUGCCUUUUGAUUAUAAAAGUUACAACUAUGUUUUAAGACAUCUAAAAAUGUGAAAUUUGGCAUCUUCUUUGUAAGACGACAAUCAUGCAGAAACCUGUCUUGGUUGACAAUCUCUUCGAGACAUUUCCAACUUAAUUUCCCAUAGACUCCUCUACCAGGAAAGAAAGAGUUGCACCUUUGUAUAAAGAUCAAGGUAUAGUAGAAAAAUAUUUGAAGACCUAUUUUUGAAGUAUUAUUGUUUUCAAACUGAUUUAUACUAAUAUUAACCUGAUGGUGGUCAGUUUAAAAAGUGAGUAUCAGUAUUUAGAAAUAAAUUGCAGAGAUGGGGACAUAUACUUAAAUAAUUUGUCCUAAGUAAAUUCUGGCAUUUGGUAGUCUGAAAUGGUGACAACUUACUUUGUUAAAAUUGUCAAAACUCUAUUGCGUCUUCUGUUCCUGCAUUUGUCCCUGCGAGUGUUCUGUCGUUACUAGGUUCUUGAUUCCCAUAUAUGGCAAUCAGGCUGGGUAGAGACGUUCCUUGGGCAUUAGAGAAGAAUUCUGAACUGCUUAAGACUUGUUUUGGUUGGAUCAAGACCUUAGUACAAUUAAAAAAUGUAGCAUUAAAGACUAAUCAAUUGUUUGGCCUCACCUGUCAUUUUAAAUGGAAUACUUACUUCUCAUUGCUUAAACUUUUUUUCAACUGUGAGAUUGAUGCAUAAACAGUCUCUAUGUCUGUGAAAAAGCCAGAAAUAAGAUCAAAUACUGUAAAAUAUAACUCUGCUUUUUAAAGUUUUGCUGAAGAAUGUGUCUAUGGUUAGGAUAGCACAAGCAUUAACUUUUUGUUUUACAGUUAUGCUUUUUAAAAUUCAUGGUUUUUAAGUUUACACUUCUUAUUUCCACACUGGAUCAUGAGAUGUUUAACAUUUUUUCCACCUUAUGUUUCUUUUACACAUCUUUCGCUGUCUUUUUUGUUAUGCCACCAUACUAUUUUGUUAAACCAUUUUCUUUGUGAAACAUUUGUUCAAGUUUUAAUAAAAUUAACAUUUUCCCUUUAUAUGGCUCAGUAACUUAAAAAGAAAAACUUUCAUUUAAUAAAAUUUUAAUACUUGUUUGACAAA